UCCCCAGGGGGUGGGGCAGGUAAUGGGUUCGCGGGAGGUGGUGGAGCGGCCGGCGGCAGCGGCGACAGUGGUGGCUACAGCGGCUACAGCAGCGGCAGCUCGUUAGACAAGAGUCGAGUCCGCGGCAGCGAGGACUCGGGGUCACGGAGUCCUGGAGGGAGCCCAGCAGCCCAAUGGAAGCACUUACUCCUUCUCCUAAGGGGAUCACCAGGACCACUCUCCUCCCUUUCUCCCUCCCCUGUCUGGGGUAAAGGGGGGGGGGGCAGCACUCAUCUCUAAAAGUAUCUAACAGGUUCCUCAGAAACAGAGGUUCAGUUCCUCCAACCAACCGGUAACUCCGACUACGACUUCUGUGUAGCACUGAGGAGAGGGAAAUGAAUCAAUGGAGGUGCUAAUCUCAUGCUUCCACAAGACAUCCUGGAAUUAACCCUUGCACUACACAGCAAUCUGUCCUAUGACAAUAGCUAGCAUCUACCUGUUUCCUGUUGUUGCUAGCCUGCUCCUCUGAGGGCCGUCACCAUGACCCUGACAAAAGGCUCCUUCACCUAUUCCAGCGGGGAGGAAUAUCGUGGCGAAUGGAAGGAGGGUGAGAAGGGCCGCAGGCACGGCAUUGGUCAACUGAUGUUUGCAGAUGGUGGCACCUACCUGGGUCAUUUUGAGAAUGGGCUCUUUAAUGGCUUCGGGGUACUGACUUUCUCAGAUGGCUCAAGAUAUGAGGGGGAGUUUGCCCAAGGAAAGUUCAAUGGUGUUGGAGUUUUCAUUCGCCAUGACAACAUGACCUUUGAGGGAGAAUUCAAGAGCGGCAGAGUAGAUGGCUUUGGCUUGCUGACUUUUCCUGAUGGUUCUCAUGGAGUACCUCGAAAUGAAGGUCUGUUUGAGAAUAACAAGUUGCUAAGACGAGAAAAGUGCCCUGCAGUGAUCCAGCGGGCACAGAGGGCCUCGGAGUCUGCCCGGAACCUCCCAGCUUGACAGGGUACCGUGGCUCUGCCAAGAGGAGUGAUUGGCCACAUCUGUUCAUUCAUUGCAGGUGAAGGAAUGAACCAGACCCAAGAUUCUUUGAGUUAUGAACACCAAACAGUUGCCUUCUGACACAUCCCUUUGCCUGUCAAUCAAGAGUUAGAUUGUGGAGUGGAACCAUUUACUGGCCUUCCUACAGCUCUGACUUGUUGACCAGGGAGCAGCUGAUUUCAGAUUUUGCCUUGGCCUUGCCCCUUGUCUGCUGCUGCUCAAACGAGCUGCCUUUUUCCAGCCCUGAGACUCUCCAUCCCUAAAUCCCUGCACCAUCCCCAGCCUUGCUGCCUUCUGCUCCAUCCUGGGUCCGUGGUCCCCUGGACUGUACCUGGUGCCCCACCUCCAUUUGGGGGGGGUGAUUAAAUAGCCACCCCUCAGCCGAGGCCCGUGCCUUGGACUUCCUGGGGGAGGGAAGAGGAUGAACCGUUCAGGGAGCCAGAAAGAAAGAAGGCAUGCAGCAGGCAUUUGAAAGCCCAGGUUGGAGACUUUCUUAUGUUACCUUGUUUCAUUCUUGUUUGGAAUUGGGGCUCCAGGUCUGUCACAUGAACUGGCCAGGCUGAUGUUGAACUCCUCUUUCUCAGUCGUUGGGUGCUGCACUGGGUCUAGAUAGGACUCCUUCAUUUGUCCUUGACUUAAUGUAAAAACAAAAGGACUCUGUUUUUGUAUCUCAUCUUUAUGUACCUUUGUUGCUGUUCCGAUCUAGGUAAGAAGUGGUACCAAACUGUAAUCGUAAAACUUACAUGUAGAGCAGAGGACUGGGGCUUCCGGGGGCCCUACUAACAAUGUGAGAAGGCCAGGAUCGACCUAGGCCUCCCCGAGGUAGCAGAGGAACUAGCUAGUCCUUAGGGACCACCUGGCCAAACCACGACCAGCUCCCUGCAAUUUAGACAAAGGGAGGUCGGUCAUAAAUGCAUUGAACUAAAACCUUCUGGGUGGCCUGCAUCCAGGUCAUCAUAACUCCCCACCAGCCUGGAGGCAAUAACUUCUCAUCAGCAUCCCACCUCGGCCCUGGCCCCACCACUCCCCAUUAUUCUCACGCCGAAUGUUUCCUCUGCAGCAGAUUUUGGUGGAAAUACUAGCUGUGUGCCUCUCUUGUCUCUGGACUGUACUGUUGAAAUAAAGUGUUUAUAAGGAAUCCA